AUGACCAGUUCAUCUCGGACCACCUCAAAAGAUUGGCCCUCGUGGAGCACCACCUGGAUUCACCCAAAAACACAGGCAGUCUACCACCUCAGUCUCUCUCGCUCCAAAACGACAAGUGAGGAUGAUCUCUCCGCUUGUUUCAACCUGGUUGAGGAGACCAGCCGCAAUGACUAUGAGAACUCGUCCAUGAAGUGGCAGCCUGACAAUAAGGCCAAGGAGAUGAGGUCAGAAGAUCUCCGAUACAUCCUUGUCAAGGACGCCGCCGCGUCAGUCCGCGGCUUCAUCUCACUGAUGCCGACCUUCGAGGCCGGCCAGCCCGUGGUGUACUGCUACGAGAUCCACCUGAAGCCCGAGCUUAGGGGGACCGGCAUGGCCGCACUGUUGAUGGGCUUCCUCUGCACGGUCGCCGAAAGUCUCCCGCCCAUCAACAAGGUCAUGUUGACAUGCUUCCUAUCUAACAAGAAAGCCCUGGCCUUCUACCGCAAGGCCGGCUUUGUGACGGAUGAGAUAUCGCCAAGGGAACGGAAGUUGCGGUUUGGCAAAAUCUUCGUGCCGGACUACGUGAUCAUGAGCAAGCUCAUCACCCACCAGGCUCAGCAACAAGGGUCACUAGAGGGGCCCAACCCUUCGAGCAAUUAG